CGUUCGCCGAACAGCCAGACGCCAGAGGCGGAGAGAGAGACAGAAGAGAACCUGCCUUCUCGCUCUGUCGCUGGUUUUCUCUCUCUCUCUCUCUCUCUCUCUCCUCGCUGUUCCGUCGCCAACCAAAAAAGGGGAAAAAGAGCACCGUUUCUCUCUCCUCCCCCCUCGCCUUCUCUCUCUCUUCACCGCUUCUCCGCGCGUUCCGAUCGCGAACCCUAUCGCGACCUCGAUCGGGCUCCCGAGCGCGCCCCGUCCGGAGAAGCUCCUCCUCCUCCUCCUCCUCGCCGCCGCCUCGGAUCUCCGCCUUCCUCGGCUCCCGCGCUCGAGGGCCGCGCCUCGUUCCCACGAUGAACGACCUUCUCUCGGAAUCCUUUGAGAUCCCUCGGGGUCAAGCUUCUAGAGAUGGGGACAUUGAGAUGGGUGCAAAUGCUCCAAUGCACUCAGGGGAGCUUGGCUUGGAGAAUUUCUUUAAGAAGGUUCAAGAUAUUGAAAAGCAAAUCGACAAGUUGAAUAAAUUGCUAAAGAAGCUCCAGGAUGCACAUGAGGAAUCAAAAGCCAUAACUAAGGCUGCUUCCAUGAAAGUGAUCAAGCAGCGGAUGGAAAAAGAAGUUGAUGAAGUUGGAAAGAUUGCUCGCUUUGUAAAAUCAAAGAUUGAAGAACUUGACCGUGAAAAUCUGGCAAAUAGGCAGAAACCCGGUUGUGGAAAAGGUACUGCUGUUGACCGAUCAAGAACGCAAACUACUGUCGCCAUGAAGAAAAAGUUUAAAGACAAGAUGGCUGAAUUUCAGGUCCUUAGGGAAAAUAUACAUCAAGAGAAUCGGGAGGUUGUCGAAAGGCGUGUUUUUACUGUAACGGGCGCUAGAGCCGAUGAAGAGACAAUUGACAGAUUAAUUGAGACUGGAGAUAGCGAACAAAUCUUCCAAAAGGCCAUUCAAGAGCAGGGGCGAGGCCAGAUUAUGGAUACUGUUGCUGAAAUUCAAGAGCGUCAUGAUGCUGUCAGAGAGCUAGAGCGCAAGCUUCUAGAUUUGCAGCAGAUAUUCAUGGAUAUGGCUGUGUUGGUGGAUGCCCAGGGGGACAUGCUUGACAAUAUAGAAUCACAGGUCUCAAGUGCGGUGGAUCACGUUCAGAGUGGCAACACUGCCCUCCAGAGGGCGAAGAGCCUGCAGAAGAGCUCUAGGAAAUGGAUGUGCAUCGCGAUCCUAAUCCUACUCAUCAUUGUGGUGAUAAUUGUCGUUGCAGUGAUCAAACCCUGGUCCAGCAACAAGGGUGCUUAAGGGCUUCACGUAUUGUUUGCUGUAUAAAUAGAAGAGCAAUGUCGUGAAUUGUUUAAAAAGUCUUCUGGCUAUUUCUUGUUGAUAAUUUGUGGUCGGCGUGUUCUUGGACGUGGCAAUCGAGUGUGUAGCAUCUCAUUUUACUGCGGAUAUCCUCCUGGUUUUGUACCUGAUUCAAAAUUCUUUGGCAGCUUCUUCAUCUAUGAAUUCUUUGUUUUGGGAAA